CUGAGCCAUCCGGCCUCGCUGACUUCCUGGGCUCUCCGGACCCCGCGGAUCCCUCCUCGGCACUUGGCCCCGAGGGAGCCCCAAGGGGCAGAGAUGGUGGCCGAGGGGACCCCCAGCAGUCUCAAGCGGGGCGCGGCGAACAGCGCGGCGGCGGGGCCCGGCGCGGAGCCCCCGGGCUGCGGCGGCGGCAGGGGGCGGCGGGCGCAGCGGGUGCGCUCGUGCCUGCGUGCCAACCUGCUGGUGCUGCUGACCUUGGCCGGGGUGGUGGCCGGAGCGGCCGUGGGUCUGGCCGUGGCGCGCUGGGCGCCGGGCCUGAGCCCGGCGCACCGGGUCGCCUUCUCGUUUCCCGGGGAGCUGCUGCUGCGCCUCCUGCGCCUCAUUAUCCUGCCGCUCGUGGUGUGCAGCCUGGUGGGCGGCGCCGCCAGCCUGGACCCGGCCUCGCUCGGCCGCAUGGGCGGCUGGGCGCUGCUCUUCUUCCUGCUCACCACGCUCCUGGCCUCGGCGCUGGGCGUCGGGCUGGCCUUCGCGCUGCGCCCCGGCGUGGGCACCACGGCUCUGGAGGCGCAGGACGCGCAGCUGCCCCAGACCAAGGAGGUGCUCGACUCCUUCCUGGACCUCUUCAGGAACAUCUUUCCUGAUAACCUGGUGUCGGCAGCUUUCCGCUCGUAUUCCACUGAGUACAAGCUGAAUGAGACCAAUAUGACCACAUGGAAGGAACCCAUUGGGAGGGAAGUGGAGGGGAUGAACAUUCUGGGGCUGGUGGUGUUUGCCAUGGUGCUUGGGGUCGCCCUUCGUAAGAUGGGAGCAGAAGGGGAGCUGCUCAUCCGCUUUUUCAACUCCUUCAACGAGGCCACAAUGAUCAUGGUGUCCUGGAUCAUGUGGUAUGCUCCUGUGGGCAUCAUGUUCCUGAUUGCGGGUAAGAUUGUAGAGAUGGAAGAUGUGGGCCGGCUCUUUGCCAGUCUGGGCAAAUACGUCUGCUGCUGCAUCCUGGGACAUAUCAUCCAUGGGCUGCUGGUGCUGCCUCUCAUCUACUUUGUGAUCACCCGCAAGAACCCUUACCGCUUCCUGUGGGGGAUCGUGCCAGCCUUGGCCACGGCCUUCGGGACCUCCUCCAGCUCAGCGACGCUUCCGCUGAUGAUGGAGUGUGUAGAGGAGGAGAAAAAUGGCGUCUCCAAACACAUCAGCCGUUUCAUCCUCCCUAUCGGAGCUACGGUGAACAUGGAUGGCGCUGCCCUCUUCCAGUGUGUGGCUGCCGUCUUCAUUGCCCAGUUAAACAACGUGCCCCUCAAAUUCAUCCAAGUCCUCACGAUCCUCAUCACUGCCACGGCCUCAAGUGUGGGUGCAGCCGGCAUCCCGGCAGGGGGUGUGCUGACCCUGGCCAUCAUUCUGGAAGCCAUCAGUUUGCCCACCAAAGAUAUCUCCUUCAUCCUGGCUGUGGACUGGCUAGUGGACCGCUUCUGCACCAUCAUCAACGUGGAAGGGGAUGCCUUCGGAGCUGGCCUGCUUCAGUGCUACGCGGACCACAAUGAGGCAGGCCUGGGGAGUCUGGGACCUGAGCUGGCAAAGGUCAAAGAUGAUGCCUCUGUGGUCCCCCUGUCCCCUGAGGCCGACCCCCUCAUUGUCAAGACGGUCAAGUUUGGUGGCCCUGCUGGGGAUGCAAACACCUGUGAGAAGGAGUCGGUCAUGUAGAGCCCCCAUCUCUACCCCAAGAGGGGACUCCAGGAAGAUGCAAGAUGAUACUUUUUGGAAGGGGGUGCCUUCCCCACACUCCAGCGGCACAGAUGCAUUAGCCCUCCUUUUCUGGGCUACGUAAACAGCUUGCUGCUGGGGAGGGUCAGUUCAAACCCAUGGCCUAUCUCCCCCAAUCUUGGGGUGGGGGGGUGGGGAAUGUCCCCUUGGGGACCCUGACUGGUUGUGUUCUGAAGGUAGCUUCUAGGGUCCAGAGGAAGGGCUAGACUGACAGAUGGGCACUCACUUCUAGCUAACUUUUUGCUGCCUGGGGACCCCAAGUCGGACAGUUGGGCUCCCCUUACUGACCAAAGUUCUUAUGUCUGCUCCCACCUACCUCCACACCCUUUUCAGGCAGAGUGUGUAUGUUCUCCUCUGUGCCCCGUCCUCAGGACGCUCUUCUGGCGCCUGGUCUUGGGCCGUCAGAGCCAGAGUGACAGCAGCAUCUGAGAGCUGGGAGGAAGGGGGCAGAACCCUGGCCCCCAGCCUAUUCCCUAGCUAGGUUGGGGAGGGGUGUGAUCCAAGGCAAUAAAUGUGCGUCUAACCAUUG